UCUCUUUACAUCACUCACCUCUCUCUCUCUGUCUAACUUUUCAAGCGACACACAAUUAUUGUCGUACUGCUACUGUGAGCUUCAUUUGGUUGGUACUGGAUGCCUCAAUGUUUAUCCAAAUCGUACAUCUGGGUCAUGUGUAGAAUGUGAAUUCAUUUUGUUAGCUUCUUUUACGGAGAGGCUACUCUUAGCUUUCUUAUGUAAGAUUUCGUUUUGCCUAUUGCGCUUUGUGUUGGAGAUCUGGGAUUUUUGUUGAUUUCGAGAUGGGGAGCUCAGACGAGAAGGUGGUUGCUGUCAUCAUGGUCGGUGGACCCACUAAAGGCACUCGAUUUCGACCAUUGUCAUUGAACGUUCCAAAGCCUUUAUUUCCUUUGGCCGGACAACCUAUGGUUCAUCAUCCAAUUUCUGCUUGUAAAAGGAUUCCAAACCUAGCCCAGAUCUAUCUAGUUGGUUUCUAUGAGGAGCGUGAAUUUGCAAUGUAUGUCUCAUCAAUCUCUAAUGAACUAAGAGUUCCUGUCAGAUACUUAAGGGAAGACAAGCCACAUGGUUCAGCUGGUGGACUUUACAACUUCAGAGAUCUGAUCAUGGAAGACAAUCCGUCUCAUAUCUUCUUGCUGAAUUGUGAUGUUUGCUGCAGUUUUCCACUGCCAGAAAUGCUUGAGGCUCACAAAAGAUAUGGUGGAAUGGGGACCAUCCUAGUAAUCAAGGUUUCAGCUGAGUCAGCCAGUCAGUUUGGGGAGUUGGUAGCAGACCCAGUCACCAAAGAACUGUUACAUUAUACGGAGAAACCUGAAACUUUCGUAAGUGACCAUAUAAAUUGUGGUGUCUAUGUAUUUACCCCAGACAUUUUUACUGCCAUACAGGGUGUUUCCUCUCAACGGAAAGACAGAGCCAAUCUGAGACGUCUCUCCAGCUUUGAAGCCCUCCAGUCAGCUACAAGGAGUCCUCCCUCAGAUUUUGUAAGGUUGGAUCAAGACAUUCUGACUCCUUUUGCUGGGAAGAAGCAGUUGUAUACAUAUGAGACAAUGGAUUUCUGGGAACAAAUUAAAACCCCUGGAAUGUCCCUAAAAUGUUCUGGUUUGUAUCUCUCCCAAUUUCGGUUUACCUCUCCCAAUCUUUUGGCUAGUGGGGAUGGUACAAAAAGUGCCACCAUUAUCGGUGAUGUUUAUUUUCAUCCAUCGGCAAAAGUACAUCCAAGUGCUAAGGUUGGUCCCAAUGUCUCAAUAUCAGCUAAUGCACGUAUAGGAGCUGGUGUAAGGCUCAUCAGUUGUAUCAUUCUUGAUGGUGUUGAAAUCAUGGAAAAUGCUGUUGUCGCUUAUGCGAUUGUUGGGUGGAAGUCUUCUAUUGGGAAAUGGUCCCGUGUUCAGGCUGAAGGAGAUUAUAAUGCCAAACUUGGGAUUACAAUUCUUGGAGAAGCAGUGGGUGUUGAAGAUGAAGUAGUGGUCACCAAUAGCAUUGUCCUUCCGAACAAGACACUCAAUGUCAGUGUUCAAGAUGAAAUCCUUCUAUGAUAUCCCAAUUACCCACCAUCCUAUCCUGUGCUGUCUGCCCCUUAUUGUAUUGCAAUGGUCGAUGCUCUUUUACAUUUUGUCAACCAGGAAAAGCGGAGCAUUCCAUAAAGGUAAUUUUUCCAUAUGUAAAUUGACUCUUAAAAUCAGAAUAAAAGGAAUUUGGGUGGUUGUAUUAUCUAUGUGUGUUUCUUUUUCGAAAAGUUAAAUGCCAGAAUCGUUAGCAUUUAUGGACA